GUCCGGCGCGUGUCGCACCCAAUGGAGUCCGGAGGAUUUUGCCUCAGAGAGGAGGUGGUGCCGAUACUACCCGUCUCCCUGAGCCGACCCCGGGGGCGAGGGGAGCCGCCCUGGCGGGACCCGGACUCCGCGGGGGCGGCAGGUGGAGGAGCAAACCCGAAGCAGGGCUAGAGUCGCAGCCGCUGCCGGAGCGAGGUUUCCAGGUGGAUUUAAUGGUUCCUAAAUGACUUGGCAUCUGCCUGUUUGAGACACUUUUCAGUCCUGUGUCAUCCUGCUGCAACUGUGGUUAGUGGAUUACCUGUGAGCUUCAAUGAGAUGAUACAUAGAAAUGAAUCCUGUACUUCAGGGCAGGUACCUACAAGCUACUUAUGCUGCCUGAUUUACAUAUUGGAAGAAUGGACUGGUGUGGAGUACCUUGAGGACUAUCUGAAUUAUGUGGCCUACCUUUUAUGGGUGUUUACUCCACUCAUAAUAGUUUUUAUACUUCCUGGGCUUAUCCUCCUCCUCCUCUACAUUUCCAUUAUUUUACUUUAUGUUUAUAAGAGGAAGAAUGAACUAAAAGAGGCUUAUUCCAAUGAUAUCUGGGAUGGUGCAAGGCAAAUGGUGGCAACUUUAUGGGAUGGACAUGCAAGAAUAUGGCACGGUUAUGAGGUUCAUGGUCUGGAAAAAAUACCAGAAGGACCCGGGCUUGUUGUUUUUUACCAUGGCGCAACUCCUAUAGACUAUUUCUACUUCUUGGCUAAACUCUUUAUACUGAAGAACAGAAUGUGCUAUACAGUAGCUGAUCACUUUGUCUUUAAAUUACCAGGGUUUAAACUUUUACUUGAUGUGUUUGGAGUUAUGCAUGGACCAAAGGAAGAAUGUGUUAAAGCUCUGAAGAAUGGCCACUUGGUGGCUAUCUCGCCAGGUGGAGUUAGAGAAGCACUCUUUAGUGAUGAAAACUAUGUUCUUGUAUGGGGUAAUCGUACGGGCUUUGCUCAGGUGGCCAUUGAUGCAAAAGUGCCCAUCAUUCCUAUGUUCACACAAAAUGUUCGGGAAGGAAUUAGGACAUUAGGAGGAAUAAGAUUAUUUAGGUUGAUAUAUGAACGUCUUCGAUUACCCCUUGUUCCUAUAUAUGGAGAGUUUCCAGUCAAAUUUCGUACAUACAUUGGAGAUCCUAUUCCAUAUGAUCCAAAUAUAAAUGCUGCAGAACUGUCUGGAAAGGCAAAGGCUGCAAUCCAGUCUUUAAUAGACAGACAUCAGAAAAUACCAGGAAAUGUAUUUAGGGCUUUAAUGGAACGAUUUGAGACACAGCAGAAAGAAGACUAGUGUGUGGUGCAUAACAAACUACACAUUUACUUGUAAUAUUUUCAAAACUGUUUGUAACUUAUAUUAUUAUCCUCAAAAUUGAUUAUUAAAUGCAUUGUCUUAAUGAUAUUUCUUUUUUAAUGCAGAUGUUUUCUGUAUAGUUUAACAAGAGCUGUGAGCAAUGAUUUUUUUUUUUUCUUCCUCUGCAGUGACCAGUAUCAAACUUGAGCCCAAACUUGCAAUCUUACUCAGGUAAAAAUCUGACUAAUGUAAUUAGCUUUGAAGUGCAGUCCUAUAUUGAAAAAUAACUUAGUGAGAAUGACAUUGGAGGCUUCCAUAUUCAUGGUCUUUUGAUAAUUUCCAUCUCAAAUUUCCACGUAAAAAAAAUGUUUGGUCUAACUGCCAAGCCUGCAAACUCAUGGUGAAUUCUGAGAUGCAAGCUAGAUUCGUUCUAUCUAAACACCAUUACCAGAAAUAGAGGUUCUCCCAACCAAAUAAAGCCCUGAACUACACCUGUGAAACCCCAUUUUCUUUAGAUUAUGCCCUUGGCUACAUCUGUACAAACUUAAAUUACAUUCAAAGAUGUUGGCAUAGACAGGUGUAACUAGUCACUUAGCUUUACAUGCGGAACCUGUAGUCCUGGUGGUAAUGCUUCAGCUGGAAGGUAUCCAGCUUUAUUGUUGGAGCCCAGAAGGAGUUUGUGGGGCUGGAGCUUUAUUAGAAGAAAAAGAAAAGAAAAACAAAAACAAGAAACUGAGCAAACUUCUUACUUAAACCAGUAAGACACAAUACAUUUGGAACCCCAUAAUGCUAUUUUGAUGAAGUCAUUUUUCAGGAUAAAACCACAUGGGUUUUUUUGUCCCUGACUAAGGACUGUAGCCCCAUAAAUCUGCAAACAGAAAACCAGAUCGUUUUUUUGGCACAGUGAACUGAAUGCCUAAUGUUUCAGAAAGAAGGCAUGAGUAGUAAUCAAAACUGCAACAGUCAGAAUUUUUAAUUAUAUUACAAAAUAGAAUGCAAUGUGUAAUGUAUUUUUUCAGAGUUUCACCAUAUUCAGCAGUAUAAACAGGCUUUAUAAUUUUUGUAUAUAUGUACCUCACUAUUUUUGUAAAAAACUAUAUACAUUUUUUUUACGCAUCAGAAUUACUAAAAUAUGACUUGCCCUCAAUUAUGCAGUCUUCACUCAUAUAAUACUCUCACUAAAGUGCGUGGGGGGUUUGCCUGAAGAAGGAGUUGCAGGAUUGGGCUAGUUUUGUUCAUUGACAAUAAACUGAAUUUUUAUCGUAACUGAAUCACUGACUAAUGCAUGAAUUGUCUGAAUAGCAAAAUACCUUAAAUAUUUCCUGUAGAUAAGUACUCAAACUGUCAGUGACAAUAAAAUUAAUGUCUGGGAGUGCUCUUCAAUUGUAGGAGGCCAUCAUCUCCUGGUAGGCCUUUUAAAAAACAAAACACUUUUAAAGACACAAAGAGCAAAUCUCUUUCACUUAACUGUUACAGUUUGGUUAAUUCCUGCAAACACUUACGUGCACAUGCCUUACUUUACACACAACUUAAGUCCCAUUUAAAUCAAUAUGACUGUGCAUAUAUUUGCAGGAUCAGGGUUUUAUAUUAAGUGUAGAGUCAUAUGGGGGGAACAAAUGUCUGUACAUUAUAAGAUCUGCAGAAACAAUUCAUCUCUCUGUAUACUGUAGUGUUCUGUUUGAUUUAAAAUGUUUAGUUAAAAUGUUUAAGCUUGAAAAAAAUCAUGUCGUGAAAACAAAUGCCCUUUCCAAAGUCUUCAUUGAUUUGUGAUCUACUUGAAAAUUUAAGGGGAUGCUAUCAUGAUCUAAGAAUAACUUUAAUUUAUUGUUCUGUUUAAUGCAUUAGACCAUUAAAACUGAUAAUUUUUACUAAAACUUAUUUUUAUGUAAGUUAGAUAUUUUAUUUUUGCAUUUUUCUCAAGGUGGACAAUGAAAACAGACUAAGUUGUAGUUACCUUUCAGGAUGCACUAGGGCAGUGCUGACUGUUGGGGUUACACACUAUAUAGGGGAACACUUAAUAAUUUUUUUUUCAUGGUAAUUAAAUGAGAGAGAUCAACCUAUUAUGUUGAUCUUAGAUUUUGAAAGACUUGCUUUUACUUCACAUGGGGCCAAAUUUCACCUGACUUUGUCCCUUUAAUUUAAGAACUAUUGAAACUUAAGUAUCAAAUCAAAUGCAGUAUCAGUACUUUUUAGAUAUUAAAUACACUUUUUGUUUGUAUAGGCUUUUCAUAUUUAAUUCUCUAUUUGUGAUAUGUACUGUAUAAACAUACCCUACAGACAAAUAAAAUUGAAAUUACAACUGGA